AUGCCGUCCCCAGACAAGGACACCCCCCGUGACCGGGAAUUGGUCCGGCAUUCAAUGACAUAUUCCGAGCCUAAAGUUCCAAUGUGGGACAGUUCGGAUCCCGAGCGUGCGCCUCCGCCGCUACCAAUGAAUCCUCGUUCGAUGAGCCCAAUGAGCCCUGCAACCAGGUCCAAUGUUUCUCCCAACAUUCAAGCAGUGGCCGCAAAAUUUACAGAGAGACCUAGCGAGCAUGCACCUAGCUCUUACACAACAAAUCCCAUGCCACUCAAGACUUCCUCUCCAGAGAGGUCGCUGGUCAAAGGUCAGCACCACAAGCGCAUGAAGUCACUACAACCUGAAGAUACCCGACAAGAUGCGCGCAGCGACUUUAUGAAUUAUCUUGAGAACAAAUCCCCGGAGCGCCCUCUUCGUGCGACGAUUAUUGAAGCGGCCAAGCCGCGGGACCCUACGAAGUCUAUCAGUUCGCCAGCGCUUCGUCAAGACGCAGAUCGGGAGAUGAACUACUCGGUAUCGAGUCGCUAUUUGUCCAAGCCAAUACUGGGAGAAAGUACUCCGCCAUCGGCUACAAUGUUAGCCCUGCAAAACAUGCAGCUACCUUUAGAACCCGACCCUCCGUCACCUUCCAAACCACCAAAAUUGAUUGCUGCGCCCUUCGAGCCGCAACCUUAUCCCACGAAGAAUGCGAGCAUGGACUCCCUCUCAAAUCAAAUUCAUAGUCUCACGGACAUUGCGAGCAGCUUGCAGCGUGAGAUGAUGAACUUGAGCCGACGCAGCAAAGACAAUGCUACCGACCUGGUUAGCCUCAAGGCAGCAACCAACGCACGCGAUGAAGACAUUCGAAAGAGUCUUAAGGAUCUGUCCUCGCAUCUUACAACCAAGUACCUGGACGCUGAUGCUACAAGGUUUGAUUUCAGUAAUCUUUUCAAGGUUGGUGAUGGGCCUAACCCCAAGGAUCCGGAUAGUCCCGCUUCGAAGAGGAGUUACUCCGUGCCUCGCAUGCCCAGCCCCAAUCCGUUCGCGUUUGAUCGGGACUCUUGCGUCUCCCCUGCCCCGAUUUCCGACGGCUCCGCGGCACUCGCUUUGCUCGAAAAGGUAUUGCGUGAGAUGGCAACUAAGGAAGGUGAGGAACGUCUCUUGGAGCUUGUUGAAGAAAUCAAAUCUCGACCUGCAGGUACCGCUUCGGACAAAGACACCGACAACAAGGUUACUAUCAUGCUAGAAGAGAUCCUCAACCUCGUCAAAGAGGAUCCUGCGAGUAAAGCCCUUGUUCGAUCUUAUGGCGUGCCCACCAAUCUCGAUAACAUCGAAUCCGUGAAUGCCUCCGCUGAGCCGACACGAUCUGAGUCAAUGGGAUCCAUGGAUCCUGAAACUGUACGUGCACUAGACCUUUCCAACUCUGACAAGGGAGACGGUUCUUCACCCAAUUCCGAUGAAGUUUUGGCAAUUCUUAGAAGUGUCAAGAAUAGCGUUGUCGAGGGAGGUGGAAUGACCAACGGUGUAAAGUCCUUGGUCCGCGAACUACGAGGUGAGGUACUGGGUAUGGGUCGAGAACUCGGGCGGCGAUUAGACGAGAUCGAGACUUCCCGUGCCAAUGACGAGCCCGAGGAGCAGCCCAGGGCUGCCGGCCCAGAAGAAAUCUCCGACAUCGUCAACCGCAGCCUGGAUGACCUCAAAGAGCAGCUGGCUGCUACUAUCAACGAGAGUCGACAGCAGUCGUCCGACUUGUCCGAGUUCCGAUCAACCAUGAACAGUGCCGCAAUCUACUCUGUUGUGAAAAAAGCCCUCGAUGAGCUUGAACUUCCUCAACCUCAAGCCGAGUCGCGAGGUGCGGAAAUGGACAGAGAAGAUAUCCUCGAGACUGUUCGUGAAGCUUGGGAGACCUACAAGCCCGAAAUCGAGUUUAACAACUUUGGCUUGGAACGAGACGAGAUCCUCACAUGUCUUGAAGAAGGGCUCAAGUCGUACCAGCCGCAGCACGAACAGGCGGUCACCUACGAUCAGGUUCUCGCAGCUGUCGAGGACGGCAUGCAGAAGUUUAUUCCUCCUCAAAUCGAACACCCACCAAGUAUAUCUCGGGAUGAGGUCAUCUUGACCAUCCGCGAAUGCUUGGAGAAGCAGCCCGAGCCUGCCUCCAGAUCCCUUGACGAUGAACACAUCGGCCACCUUCACUCCAUGCGCGACGAGAUUCUUGACGCCGUUUCAAAGGCCAUGGCCAAUCAUAACGAAGGUUCAAGAUCUCUGGGUGAGGAAGAAGUCAAUCAUCUCUAUGCGAUCCGUGAUGAAAUUCUCGAUGCGGUCACUGGGACGAUGGCAGCCAACAAUACGCAACCCAAGGGUUUGGACGAGGAACACAUCAACCACCUUUACUCUGUUCGUGAUGAGAUCAUUGAAGCCGUCACUGGGGCAGUGACAAGCCAUGCCGCAGGUUCCAAAUCUGUUGACGAAGACCAUGCCAGUCAUCUGAGUUCACUCCGCGACGAAAUCAUUCAAGCAGUUGCUGGAGCGAUGGAGAAGAACAGCGCAGGCUCAAAGGAGGUGGACGAGGAUCAUGUCCGGCACAUGUACUCCAUCCGUGAUGAGAUUAUGGAAGCCAUUACUGGAACGAUGGCAAUCACUACCACAGGGCCUAAGACUUUAGAUGAGGACCACGUCAAUCACCUCUACUCUAUCCGCGACGAAAUCAUUGAAGCUGUCACUGGAACAAUGGCAAACCACAGCAGUUCAAGGUCUUUGGAUGAGGACAACGUCAACCAACUAAAUUCUAUUCGAGACGAGAUCCUCGGCGCGUUGGCCGGCUCUAUGGCACAAAGCACACUGAGCAAGGAUUCAUAUGACUCUGGCCUUGGCCGUGACGAGAUUGUCAGUGCUGUCUCCGAUGGCCUCGAAGCACAUUUCACUGCAGCCAAAGAGAUGGAUGAGCCACAGAUUUCUCGUCAUGAUGUUAUGAAUGCUGUCAACGAGGCCUUUGAUGCUCAACAAUCAGCUCUUGCUAUUGCUCACACAAACAUCUCCCGUGAUGAAAUCUUGCAUGCCAUUGCCGAGGGCAUUGAAGGUUCAAUGAAUGCGCAGCAGUCAGCCCUCAGUACCAACGUUCAGCAGACCGUCUCUCGCGAAGAGAUCUUCAGCGCCAUCGUAGACGCCAUCGAGCACUCGCGGUCUUCCCUGAGCAAUAAUGGGGAGCCUAGCAUUUCUCGAGAUGAGAUCCUCGGUGCCAUUUUGGAGGGUAUCCAGGACUCAUCAAACCGCCAAGAACCCAAUAUGUCCAGAGAAGAGAUCUUGAACGCCAUUGCUGACGGAAUUGAGCACUCAAAUAACUCUUCUUCACGUGCUCUCACAUCGCCUGAGCAAGAGGCUCAGGGUCAACACUCCACUCUCUCACGGGAGGAAAUUUUCAAUGCAAUUGUCGAGGGCAUCGAACACUCCCAUGCUUCGCUCGGCACAAAUGGCCAGCCUAGUGUUUCUAAGGAGGAUAUUAUGAAUGCUAUUGCUGAGGGUAUUGAAGCCUCCACAAGCAGCCAACAGUCAGCGCUCAUCACCAACGUCCAAGAGCCGUCCAUUUCACGCGAGGAGAUUCUGACUGCCAUUGCAGAAGGAAUUCAAAAUGGCAACUCGAUCACCCGGGAGAUUGAGCUAAAUCAGGAUGACCUAAUGGAAGCAAUCUCAUCCGGUCUCAACGAGGCCAUCAGUACUGCGAAUACGAAUGUCGGUGGGGACAUGACGGAACGCCUCCAGACUUUAUUCGAAGGUAUGAAGGAGGAAUUCAAGCAGUACUCUGCCGCCGGUGGAAGAGACACUGAGCAAGUCCUCGACGCAAUCAAGGAUGGCCUCGAUAUCGUUCGCAAGGAGAUUGAAACUUAUGUGGUUACCGCUGCCGAUCUUUCCGGCAAGGACGAAGUAAUUGACACCGUCAAAGAAGGUUUCCGACUCCUUCAAGCCGAUAUGGAGAAGACUAUUACGGAUACAUCUCUUUUGAAUGCGUCACGAGGCAUUCCUGAUACACCCGAGCUCCUGGAUGCCAUGGAAAAAGAAUUCGAGCACCUACGGGGAACAAUCACCACUCUUCUUCUCCGUAAUAAUGCCACUGACGACAAAGAUGAGAUCUUGGAUGCCAUUCGAGAGGCUGCUGAUCGCCACCAGAAUGACUCCGGUGAUGACGUUGUCAAAAUCAUCAAGAAUGAAUUCGAGAGUCUUCGCGAGCGCAUGGAGAUGAGUGUGGUUCGCUCUGAGCCUGGCUCUGAGAAAGACGAAAUCAUUUCGGCACUGCGUGAGCAUUUUGAUAACCUACGCGAAGAAACCUCCCGCAAAGAUGGCAACGAAACCGACGUUGUAAAUACCAUCAAGAAUGAAUUUGAGAGUCUGCGUGAGCGCAUGGAGAUGAGCGUGGUUCGUGCCGAGCCUGGUGCCGAGAAAGACGAAAUCAUUUCGGCACUGCGUGAGCAUUUCGACAACCUACGCGAAGAAACCUCCCGCAAAGAUGGCAACGAAAACGACGUUGUAAAUACCAUCAAGAACGAAUUUGAGAGUCUGCGUGAGCGCAUGGAGAUGAGUGUUGUUCGUGCCGAGCCUGAUGCCGAGAAAGACGAAAUCAUUUCGGUACUCCGUGAGCAUUUCGACAACCUACGCGAAGAAAUCUCCCGCAAAGAUGGCAACGAGAACGACGUUGUAAAUACCAUCAAGAAUGAAUUUGAGAGUCUGCGUGAGCGCAUGGAGAUGAGUGUUGUUCGUGCCGAGCCUGGUGCCGAGAAAGACGAAAUCAUUUCGGCACUCCGUGAGCAUUUUGACAUCCUGCGCGAAGAGACCUCGCGUAAAGAUGGCAACGAAAGCACAUUGUCCGCAACAAGCGAGCUCCUCGAUGCAUUCACGGAUGGUGUUGACUCGAUCCGCGAGGACCUGAAGAAACUACUGGAGAAGCCAACUGAGUUCGACAGCUCCGAGAUUCUCGACACGAUCAAAGAUGGUCUUGCGGACCUGAAGCUAGAAAUGGAUUCCCUCCGUGAAUCUAGCAAAGAACUGGAUGACGCCAGUACAACCCGCGGCGGUGAACUCAUGCUGGCGAACGAGCCUAGCAUCGGACCUGACAUCGACGGUCUGAAACUGCUCAUCACUCAGCUUCAUGACAAGGUCGAGGCCAUUGAAAAUACUCCUCGUACAGCAGAGGCCGAUGAGGAUGCCCUGAAGCGCUCACACCUCGAUGAAGUCCUUCUUGCACUUCACGAAGUUCAGCUCGCCAUGGGUGAGAUGAGUGCUCAACAAAGUGAUGAGAAUAACAGUCCCGCUCGAAAGCAAGACACUGAGAUUCUCGAACAGCUGCUAUUGAGUACCAAGACCCAGAUUGAUGAACUCGUCUUCCCUUCCCCGGACCAUGUUGCCACUCCUGAGCAUAUUGGAGCCCUAGAGACCAUGAUCCGAGAGGCGAAGGAUUCGAUUGCUGAGUUUUCUAGUCGUGUUGAAGCCGAGGCUGCCACAAAGUCUGAGAUUGGCACUUUGGAGGGUCUCAUCAAAGAUGUCUGGGUUGUCCUAGAUGAGAUGAAGAGCAAAACCAAGGAUGGCGAGGAAGAAGAUCCAGAGAAAAUACUCAAAUCCGAUCUGCAAACGGUCGAAGCCAUGAUAUUCGAGGUCAAGACUCAAGUCGACGAGCUUAAACUUCCUGAUGUGGAUACUCUCCCCACCAAGACGGAGAUCCAGGAGCUCUCGACGCUUGUCUGCGAUUUCCGGGAGCAGAUGGAGAGCAGCAACGAAUUGACCGCCCAAGGGUUUGAUGCUCGCAAGGUCGAGCAUGGUGGACUUGCCGAGAAAAUUGACGAAGCCAAGUUUGUCGUCGGCGAGCUUGGGGACGAACUCAAGAGCAAGCUUGACGGCAGUACUGAAGGCCUGGCCGAGCUUAAACAGCUUCUCGAAGGCCUAGCAAUCACCGCAGAGAGCUUCACUACCGUCGACAAUAUCAAGGAGCUCACCGACCUUAUCAAUCGAGAGUUUGAACGUUCUCGCGGGGAGGAAGAUGCAGUCAAGGUCGAAAAAGAGGAGCGUGAUGCCGCUACAAUGGUCAAACACGAUGAGACGCGGGCCGCCAUUAUCGUUGAGCUUGGGACAAAGAUUGACGAAAAAAUUUCAGAAGUCCUGGCUAAGUAUGAAGAUGCGCACACGUCCCUCCACUCGAAAUUCUCAGAAACCGAAGAGAGAGAUCUGGCACACACCGAGUCUUUGACCAGUACAAGAAGCCUUGCCGAGGACAUCAAACUUGUCAUCGGUGCUAUGGGUGAUAGUGUUAAUGAGACCUGUGAGCGGUUAAGUGUGGACACGAAGGCUCUCAUGGAACAAGUCGACCAGUCCCGCCAGCAAAUGGAGAACAUGCACAAUGAUGUGAAAUCGCACCAGGAGCAAUCUCAAGCCGAAAACGAAAGGGCUGCAGCUGCCGCUGAUAGAGUGGAAAGCAAGCUGCUUGAAUUCCACCCUCGUAUUCUGGAGUCUGUACAGGAGAUAUUGACAAUCGUCAGCCAGCACUACGAUCACUCCCAGAAGUCAGCGGAGGACUUCAAGUCGGAACUGUCGGCAUUGCCUUCAAAUAUCCCAGCAAUGCUACCCGCGCUGCCUCCACCUGAAGCAGACCGUACACUCGCCAUAGAGGAUACUCCGCUGCACAGCAAAAUAGACGAUCUUUUGGAACAUGCCAAGAAUAACAAGAUCCACGAGGUUUUGAGCACUCUGCUUGAUCACUCAAAGAAUGAUCAACUCCACGAGAAGCUUGAUCGUGCUCUAGAUCAAAGUUCAGGAUCAAACGAUCAAAUAUAUGAGAAGCUCAAUGAACUUCUUGAUCGUGCCACCAAUGGGAGUGGUCCUGUUCAUGAGAAACUGGACGCAUUGCUCAGCCGUCCUCUAAAUCCGCCGGAGUCGGAUCAUUCUGUUACCCAGAUGACAAAGCUGGAUGAGAUGCACAGGGAUAUCAUGGAAAAUUCCCGGAGGAUGAAUGAGAUGUUCGCUGCCCAGUCAGUGCUCGUCGCUGAGGACACGGAGCGCAAGCGACGCGAAGCCGAAGAGGCUGCAGUCGCCCUUGAGCGAAGAGUUUCACAGCGUGAGCAAGUGGAAGCGGAGCUUGUUGGUUUGCACGAAGAAAAGGAUUCUAUGCUGAACAUGAUUCAUCGUCUAAGAGCAGAGAAGGAAGAUCUGAUCAAGCAAAACAACAAGCUCAGCAAGGAUCUGUCCGGUCUUGAAACGGCCCUAGAGAUACGCCACGAAGAGAUGCGACAGAUGGAGGACCGUGCUGAUGGCCUCGAGAAACGCAUUCUGGAGGGUGUGCUCGACCAUGCUCGUACCGUCCUCCUUGGGCGAUCCAAUAGCUCGCAGGCCAUGAACUUGAAGAGGAACCGCAGCACUCGGAGCACUCGCUCUUCGCGCACAGGCGCCCGCAGUCCUAGUGUAGCAAGCACUGCCAGCACUGCCAAAGAACCCAAGGAUAGUCGCAGUCUGCUUGGAAACGGUGUCGGGAUGGCUUUGAAAAGAAUGCCGACCUCACUUCAAGCUGGCACAGUCGCUGUGCUACCCAACAUCGGAAAGGAACGUCGGAUUCUUAGCUUAAGUCAUGUCACAGGCAACCGCGGUGUGGACCGACAAGUGAGCACUAAAUCUGGCAUCACGAACUUGAAGCGCAGCCACUCCGUCAAAUCGAACUCUCUUCGCAAGACUUCUUGGGCUGGCCCAACUUCUGUUGCUGACAAAGAAAACGAGCCAUUCCACGAAGAGGACGAGCUUGCAAGUGGAGCGGAAGAUAGUGGUCAGCAGCGCAAGGCUAGUUAUGCGGAGAGUAACACACCUACCGACCGUCGAACGAGCUACGCAGCAAGCAAUGCAGGCACGGAGCGCAAGACAAGCUACUCUGGCAGCAUCGUCGACAGUGUGAUUACAGAUGCCACCGAUCAGCGCCGUGUUAGCGGAUUAAGCUCCACAAACUCAUACAGUGUGGCGGAAAGCUCAAUCGCUGAGCACGACCACGAGGACCAUCAUGACGAGAUUUCUAUCGAUGGCUCUGAGUCAGAAGACGAUGCGCAGACAGCACGGGAUGAUGGAGAGCAUUCUGGGCAUGAACACCAAGAUGAGGAUGAGGGUCAUGAAAUGUCCCGCCAGAUCAGGGAGGCCAAUGAAGCUGCAGAAGCCGAAGUCCUUAAGCUCUUGGCUCCCUCUAGCGACAGCGGACUUGGCACUGAUGUUGCAGUUUGA